AUGUUCUGGCUUUCUAUGAUUUUGGGUUGUUUAGUAAUCACACCUCUGGUGUUAAACGUGUUUUUGCCUUAUUUCUGGCAUGAUGUGCUCUAUUUUAAGGACUUAAUGCUAAUUUUGUGUAAGUUCGCUUCGCGAAGGAGAAGGAAGCCUCUAUUUCUAGUUGUGGAUCGAUUUUUAGAGCAAGCUCUCAAACAUCCCGACAAGCCGUUUAUCGUGUUCGAGAACAAAACGUAUUCGUACAAGGAUGCUGACAGAGAAAGCAACAAAAUUGCAAAUGCUUUACAAUGGCACUCUUAUUUGAAACAAGGGGCUACGGCUGCGCUUUACAUGGGCAACGAACCAGCGUUCAUUUUUACCUGGCUCGCUCUCGCUAAACUGGGGUGUGCAGUGGCACUGCUGAAUAAGAAUGUCAGAUCCAGGUCGUUGCUUCACUGUUUUAACUGUUCUGGUGCGAAUGUUCUAAUCGCGAGCUCAGAAUUAAAAGGUGCUGUUGAGGAGAUCCAGAACUCACUGAAGGAGGGAGGUGUUUCUGUGUUCAUCAUGUCCCGGGACUGCCACACUCUGGGAAUGCACAGUCUGGCCGACAAGGUGGAGGAGGCUUCAGAUGCCCCCAUACCGCAGUCUGCGCGCUCCAGUAUAACAUUUAACAGUCCAGCCGUGUACAUUUACACAUCUGGAACCACCGGCCUCCCCAAAGCUGCAGUGAUAAAUCAGACCCGUAUCCUGGCUGCGAUGGCUGUGCUGGCGUCUAAUGGAGUCACAGAGGGGGACGUUAUCUAUGUAAACCUGCCCCUCUAUCACACGGCAGGCUUUGUUGUCGGCUUCCUCGGAUCAAUAGAAACAGGUUCAACUAUCAUUUUGCGACGAAAGUUUUCAGCCUCGCGGUUUUGGGACGAAUGCAGAGAGUACAAUGUAACUGUCAUCCAGUACAUCGGAGAAGUUCUGCGUUAUCUCUGCAACACACCCAAGAGGGACAACGACAAGGAGCACAAAGUGAGGUUGGCCAUCGGAAAUGGAGUCAGAGCAGAAGUGUGGAGGGAGUUUCUGAAUCGUUUUGGCCAAAUUAAAGUCAGAGAGUUUUAUGCUUCCACAGAGAGCAACAUUGGAUUUGUGAACUACACGGGAAAGAUUGGCGCAGUUGGACGAGUCAACUUUUUACACAGAAAACUGUUCCCGUACACACUGAUAAAGUAUGACACUGAGAGAGAUGAACCAGUGAGAGACUCUAAAGGCCUGUGCAUUGAGGUUCCUAAAGGUGAGACGGGACUCCUGGUGUCCAGAAUCACGGACAUCGCUCCUUUCACGGGAUACGCAAGGAAUCAGCAGCACACGGAGAAGAAGAAACUGCGAGAUGUCUUUCAGAAAGGGGACUUGUACUUUAACAGUGGAGACUUGCUGAUGAUCGAUCAUGACAAUUUCAUUUACUUCCAAGAUCGUGUGGGGGAUACCUUUAGAUGGAAGGGAGAAAACGUCGCCACCACAGAAGUUUCUGACGUCCUCACGCUCUCAGACUUUGUUAAAGAAGCUAAUGUGUAUGGUGUUAAGGUUCCAGGUCACGAGGGUAGGAUUGGAAUGGCCGCUGUGACUAUCAGAGAAGGGGAGCAGUUUGAUGGAACCAAAAUGUUCAGUCACGUCACACGUUACCUGCCACUUUAUGCCCUGCCACGCUUCAUAAGAAUACAGGAUUCAGUGGAAGUUACUGCGACAUUCAAACAGAUGAAAAUGAAGUUGGUGGAAGCAGGUUUCAACCCCGCCCUCAUUCCAGACCCUUUGUUUUUCCUGGAUGAAAAAGAGAAGAGCUACAUCCCAAUGACCAGAGAAAUCUAUUCUUCAAUCACUUCAGGGCAUAUCAAACUGUGA